UUAAAAAGAUCACAUAAGGAGCUCUACUAUGAUACUGUACUUAAACUAUCUUUCCUUUAUGGAUCGAGUGUGUGGUCAUCUACGAACAAGGUAAAUUUGGACAAAGAUCCGUGGACCUGAUUAAUACACUUAAUUGGAUUUUUUUUUUAUAGUGAUUCUCACAUAAAAAAAAAUCGAUGCGCACUCAUUCACAAGAAACUUAAAGGAAACACUGCUAAUUAUAUGAAUGAAAUCGAACUUCUAGUUAUCAAUUCUAGCUUGUAUAUGAGGAAUACAAGAUUUGUAAUUUAA